AUGUCACAAGCCGGGUUCGAGCAGGCCCGCCGGCCCUCCAUGUCCGAAAACCAAACCGUCCAGAACUCGGAUAUCCCAUUGAAGGAACGCUUCUUUCGCUACUUCCAACAUGAAAUCACUGCCUUGCAGGAACAGAUGGACAGACUUGCGGAUACGUCCUUGGUUGGGGGAGAACGAACGGAUGCAACCGAUCACUGCCUCGCGGGGAUUGCGCGCUUGUCCAACGAAGUCAAGGAUGCGGCUAGUUAUAUUCCGACUUAUGACCAGCGAAUAUAUGCAGAAGCUAUAAAAGCUCUGCAAGACAAACUAGCAGAGACCCGAGCUACGGUUGAGCCAAGGCCAAAAUUCAGCUUCAAGAAUAAAAAGAACUCCCCAGCCCCUGCCAUCUCGCUACCUGAUGCAGCAGAGGCGAUGGCUCAGGGCCAGCUUGGAGUCCCAGGAUACCCAUCUCCCGGUGUUUCUUCCGUUGGGUCGUCAGCUGCAGGAACACCAAACUACCCAAAUACACCAUUGAACGAGCCCGAUAAAGAGUUUCACUUAUUAAGACCGAAUGUCCCAACCUCAAUCCCACCAAAGGUAACCGUCGAUAACGUAUCCGAGGGUCUAAAGAAGGAACAACGAAGUACGGGCUUCGCGGCGAGCUCUGUCUCGUCAGUUUCGGUAAAUAACCACAAAGGAAUACACAUCAUGCUCCCAUCCUCAGGCUCGACUGCGUCGGUUCCGGCAUCUGUCACGUCAAUGGACCGUUGCGUCGUCGACAUGUCCAUCCCAACCGCCAACGGGCAGCCCUAUGCCAGCCUAAUGGUAAAAAAACAUCAUCGUGGUCAACUGCCGGCAGUUCCGCAUGCACGAUUGCAAAAACGUGGACGUUUACCUGAGUUCGUCAAGCAAUCCGAUCAUUGA